UGAUGACAUCACCAGGCUCAGUACAGCUCAGCAUCCUUCCUGUAGGCAGCAGGCAGGCAGGCAGUCAACAGAACAGAGACAUUUUGUCUUCCAGCACUCAACGCAAAACCCUUCCUGUUUUAUCAAACCCUCCCUGGACCCCAGGCUAUAGCAGGGAAUUCUAGGCUAUGCUAUAAUAUACCCUCUAGCUGUCGUGGUGUUCUUUUUCCUACCUUGAGUCUUCUUCCUGCUCGGAGGGAGGAGGGGAGAAAAGGAGGGAAGUGGGCUGGCAGCUGGUCUGUGACAGUCAGUCAGUCAGACAGAGAGAGAGAGAGAGAGAGAGAGACAGAGCCAGAGCUGGAAGACAGACAAUUAACAGAAGAGGAGAGUAGAGCAAACAAGCUUCUUAAACCGGACGGGGCAUUAACGAGGUGUUGCUAUACCCGUCUCCCGGACUCUGUGUUUGGGCCCGUUUUGAGAGGCACUCCGUGCAGGCUGGUCCUAGACAGGAGGCACCAUGUCCGGGGCCUCUGUGAAGGUGGCGGUGCGGGUUCGCCCCUUCAACUCCAGAGAGAUGGGGAAGGACAGCAAAUGCAUCAUCCAGAUGUCAGGAAACACAACCACCAUCCUCAACCCCAAGCAGCCCAAAGAGAAUAAGAGCUUCAACUUUGAUUACUCUUACUGGUCACAUACCUCGCCCGAGGACAUCAACUUUGCUGGCCAGCAGCAGGUGUACAAGGACAUUGGUGAGGAGAUGUUGCUCCAUGCCUUCGAGGGAUACAACGUCUGUAUCUUUGCCUAUGGUCAGACCGGAUCUGGGAAGUCCUACACCAUGAUGGGGAAGCCGGACUUGAAGGACCAGGAAGGCAUCAUCCCUCUGAUGUGUGAAGACCUCUUCACCAAGUUCAACGACUGUAAUAAUGACAACACCAAGUCCUACUCUGUGGAGGUGAGCUACAUGGAGAUCUACUGUGAGCGUGUGCGUGACCUCCUGAACCCGAAGAACAAGGGGAACCUGCGUGUGAGGGAACACCCCCUGAUGGGGCCGUACGUAGAGGACCUCUCUAAACUGGCUGUCACCUCCUACAACGACAUCCAGGACCUCAUGGACUCUGGAAACAAGGCUAGGACGGUGGCGGCCACCAACAUGAACGAGACCAGCAGUCGCUCCCACGCUGUGUUCAACAUUAUCUUCACCCAGAAACGCCUCGACGCUGAGACUGAUAACACCUCAGAGAAGGUCAGCAAAAUCAGCCUGGUGGAUUUGGCCGGCAGCGAGAGGGCCGACUCCACAGGAGCAAAAGGGACCCGGCUCAAGGAAGGAGCGAACAUCAACAAAUCACUGACCACUCUGGGGAAAGUAAUCUCUGCUUUGGCAGAAGUGGAUUCUGCACAAAAUAAGAACAAGAAGAAAAAGAAAGUGGAGAGUCACAUCCCUUACAGAGACUCUGUGUUGACCUGGCUACUGAGAGAGAAUUUAGGGGGAAACUCUCGUACUGCCAUGGUCGCUGCUCUCAGUCCAGCUGACAUCAACUAUGACGAGACUCUCAGCACACUCAGGUACGCAGACCGAGCCAAACAGAUUCGCUGUAACGCUGUGAUCAACGAGGACCCGAACAAUCGAUUGGUUCGUGAGCUGAAGGAGGAGGUGGGCCGUCUGAGGGACCUGCUCCUAUCACAGGGCUUGGGAGACAUCCUUGAGACGUACAAGGGGCCAGCGCUUGGCACUGACGUUGCUGGUUUGAAAUCGUACAAGGGGCCAACGCUUGGCACUGACGUUGCUGGUUUGAAAUCGUACAAGGGGCCUCCCUGCAAGGACGUUGCUGGUUUGAAAUACCUAUCCGAUUUCAAGAACAAUAACAAUAAUCGCCAAGCUGUCAAUCAAAAGGAUGAUCUCUCCACAGUGACCAAUGCCAUGACGGGGAUGAGCCCCUCCCCCUCUCUGUCCGCCCUGUCCAGUCGAGCCGGAUCCAUCGCCAGUCUUCACGACCGCAUCAUGUUCAGCCCCGGAAGCGAGGAGGCCAUCGAGAGACUCAAGGAAACGGAGAAGAUCAUUGCUGAGCUCAAUGAAACCUGGGAGGAGAAACUUCGCAGAACAGAAGCCAUCAGAAUGGAAAGAGAGGCCCUGCUGGCUGAGAUGGGCGUGGCUAUGAGGGAAGACGGAGGGACCGUGGGAGUGUUCUCCCCCAAGAAGACUCCUCACCUGGUGAACCUCAACGAGGACCCCCUGAUGUCAGAGUGCCUGCUGUACUACAUCAAAGAUGGCAACACCAAGGUCGGUCGUGUGGACGCCAGCAGCAGACAGGACAUUGUGCUCAGUGGUCACUUCAUCAAGGAUGAACACUGUACAUUUACCUCUACAACGGGGCCCAUUGGAGAAGCAGUCACCCUGGAGCCUUGUGAGGGAGCUGAGACCUACGUCAAUGGGAAGAGGGUCACAGAGGCUACAGUCCUCAAAUCAGGGAACCGUAUUAUUCUGGGUAAGAGCCACGUGUUCCGAUUCAACCAUCCAGAGCAGGCGCGCCAGGAGCGGGAGAAGACACCCUGCGCUGACACCCCCGUGGAGCCGGUGGACUGGGCCUUCGCACAGAGAGAACUGCUGGAUAAACAGGGCAUCGACAUGAAGCAGGAGAUGGACCAGAGGCUUCAGGAGCUGGAAGACCAGUACCGUAAAGAGCGAGAAGAGACACACAACCUGCUGGAACAGCAGAGGAUGGAUUAUGAGAGCAAGCUGGAAGCCCUUCAGAAACAAGUUGACCGAUAUUACCCUGAGGUAGUAGGAGAGGAAGAGGAGGAGCCUGAGGAGGAAGUGCAGUGGACGGAGAGGGAGGCGGAGCUAGCCCUGUGGGGUUUCAGGAAGUGGCGCUGUUACCAGUUCACCUCCCUCAGAGACCUGCUGUGGGGAAACGCCAUCUUCCUCAAGGAGGCUAACGCCAUCAGCGUGGAACUCAAGAAGAAGGUCCAGUUCCAGUUUGUGCUGCUGACCGACACCCUGUACUCCCCCCUGCCCACUGACCUGCUGCCCCCUGAGGCAGCCAAGGACAGAGCGACCCGCCCGUUCCCCAGGACCAUCGUAGCUGUGGAGGUACAGGACCAGAAGAAUGGGGCCACCCACUGCUGGACCCUGGACAAGCUCAGGCAGCGCCUGGACCUGAUGAGAGAGAUGUAUGACCGAGCAGCAGAGGUUCCCAACAGCACCAUAGAAGACUGUGAGAACGUCAUGACCGGAGGAGACCCCUUCUACGACCGCUUCCCCUGGUUCCGACUGGUCGGCAGCAACCCCCUUUUCAACGUGUGCAUGAGCGAGCGCAUGAGUGAUCCAACUCCCUCCCCCACCCUCUCCACCUCCGAGCUAACUGAGCUGGCCGACACUCGGCCGGAGGGGCGAGGAGGGGAGGAGGAGUUGGAGGCUUUGGGGGAUCUGGACGAUGAUCUCUUUUUGGACGACCCGUGCUCGGAGCUCGAUGAUGAUGAUGAUGAUGAUGAUGAUGAGGGAGAGCUGUGCCGAGGCGGCUCCAGCGAAGGCCUGGAUCCCUUUUAUGACCGCUCUCCGUUAUUCAGUGUAGUGGGAAGAGCCUUUGUGUACCUGAGUAACCUGCUGUACCCUGUGCCCCUGGUCCAUCGCGUGGCCAUCAUCAGUGAGAAGGGAGAGGUUAAAGGAUUUCUCAGGGUGGCUGUACAGGCAAUCUCAGCUGAUGAGGAGGCUCCUGACUACGGCUCCGGUGUCCGCCAGUCUGGCACCGCCAAGAUCUCCUUCGAGGACCGGGAGUUUGAGAAGUUCCAGGCUGAGUCGUGCCCCACUGGUCUAUCCCGUACCGGGGAGUCCCAAGAAGAGCUGCGUUUCGUGGAGGGUGAGGGACAGAACUCAGGGAUGGAACCCUCGGCCGAUGAGGUCAACAACAACAAUUGUGCGGCCAGUCCAGAUGAGUUGGAGAGCCCCCUGAAGACCAACCUGGAGGGAGAAGCUCUGGACGGAGCCCUGGAACACCUGAGGAUAGGUGACAUCUUCACCUUCAGAGUGACGGUCCUCCAGGCCUCCAGCAUCUCUGCAGAGUACGCUGACAUCUUCUGCCAGUUCAAUUUCAUCCACCGCCAUGAUGAGGCCUUUUCCACAGAGCCUCUGAAGAACACAGGGCGAGGCCCUCCUCUGGGCUUCUACCACGUACAGAACAUUGCUGUAGAGGUCACCAAAUCCUUUGUGGAGUACAUCAAGACCCAGCCUAUGGUGUUUGAGGUGUUUGGUCACUACCAGAAACAGCCUUUCCAUCCUCUCUGCAAGGACCUGAUCAGCCCUCUGCGUCCCUGCAGAAGGCAGUUCCCCAAAGUCAUGCCCCUGUCCAAACCAGUCCCUGCCACCAAGCUGACUACCCUGAUGCGUCCUACAGCCGGGCCCUGCCACUGCAAGUAUGACCUCAUGGUGUUCUUUGAGAUCUGCGAACUGGAGGCCAGUGGAGAAUACAUCCCAGCAGGAGUGGACCAUAGAGGAGGCAUGCCUUGCCAUGGGACAUUCAUGCUGCACCAGGGUAUCCAGAGGCGUGUCACGCUGACCAUCGUUCAUGAGACAGGUGGAGACAUCGAGUGGAAGGAUGUCCGGGAACUGGUUGUGGGUCGUAUCCGUAACUCUCCCGAGGGGGACGAUGCCAUCAUAGACCCAAACAUCCUGUCACUCAACAUCCUGUCAGCUGGGUCUGUCAAGCCCAUGCAGGAGGACAGACAGUUUCUUGAUUCGGACAUGCCUAGCAUCUCCUUGGGAAUAGACCAUAGGACAUUCUAUCGCUUCGAGGCUGCCUGGGACAGCGCCAUGCAUAACUCCCUCCUCCUGAACCGGGUCACUCCUUACGGGGAGAAAAUCUACAUGACCUUGUCGGCCUACCUAGAGAUGGAGAACUGCACCCAGCCAACAGUCAUAACCAAAGAUUUCUGCAUGGUGUUCUACUCUCGAGACGCUAAACUCCCGGCCUCCCGCUCCAUCCGAAACCUGUUUGGCACAGGAAGCCUGAGGGCAGUGGAGGGUAACCGGGUGACAGGUGUGUACGAGGUCAGCCUAUGUCACCUGGCCGAUCAUGGGAGUCCAGGUAUGCAGAGGAGACGUCGACGGGUGCUGGACACCUCGGUGGCGUACGUCCGCGGGGAGGAGAACCUGGCUGGGUGGAGGCCUCGCAGUGACAGCCUCAUCCUGGACCACCAGUGGGAGCUGGAGAAACUCAGCCUCCUGCAGGAGGUGGAGAAGACGAGACACCGCCUGCUCCUGAGGGAGAAAUUAGAGUCCACCCUGCUGCUGGGUCAGGAGGGGUUGUUGUCCUGUGUAGGUGAGGAGCAGAGUGAGUCCCCUCAACCCUCUGAGGGUCUCGGCCUCAGUCCCACCGUAGAUGCCCCCAAUGAGAGGCAGAGGGAGCUAGCCAUUAAGUGUCUUCGGCUGCUCACCCACUCCUUCAACAGAGAGUACAGCCACGUGUGUGUCAGCGCCAGUGAAAGCAAGCUGUCUGAGAUGUCAGUGACUCUGCUGAGGGAGUCGACCUCUGCCACGGCCCUCAACAUCCUCACCCCCUCCUCGACAUGCCCCUCACUGGUGGAGGGAUGCUACCCCAAGUCCGAAGGGCUCAGAACACCCAUGCCUCGUUCCCGCUGCGCCAGCCCCAACCCUGACUGCUCACAGCGGGACGGAGAGGUCAAGAUAUCCCCUGGCCCCAGUGGGGUCACAGCCCCGGAGGUUAAGCCUAGGGAACGCCGCUUCGUACCAGACAUCCAGGAGAUCCGGGUCAGCCCCAUCGUGUCAAAGAAGGGUUACCUGCAUUUCCUGGAGCCUCAUACCAACGGCUGGGUGAAGCGUUAUGUGGUGGUGAGACGUCCGUACGUCUACAUCUACAAUACAGAGAGAGACAGCGUGGAGAGAGCCAUCCUCAACCUCUCCUCUGCCCAUGUCGAGUACAGCGAGGACCAGCAGGCCAUGCUUAAGACACCAAACGCGUUUGCUGUGUGUACUGAGCACCGCGGGAUACUGCUACAAGCCAGCAACGACAAGGAGAUGCACGACUGGCUCUAUGCAUUUAACCCUCUCCUGGCCGGAUCCAUCAGAUCCAAACUCUCCAGAAGAAGAGCUGGACAGAUGAGGAUGUGAAACAACACGUCUUAUAGACAAGACAAUAGAACACCAAAAGACUAACCUGUAUAUAGACCCCAGACUUAUUACUUCUUUAUUCCUGUGCUGACCCCUUAACCCCCACCCCUCCUCCUCCUCCUACACUAGUAACCAACUUGCUCCUCCUCCUUCUGCACACGCCCAGUUUAUCCCAAGCUGACCACCAGCGUAUCUAAGGCCCUGAGGCCUCCGUCAUCAUUGUGUGUCUGUCAGGCCUGUACCGCUGUCUGUCUGUGUUGGCCUUAUUGUCUGGUUUAACCCCUCUCCAAGGCUGAGGCCAAAAUACCACCCUAUUCUCUAUAUAGUGCAUUGCUUUUGACCAGGGCCUACAAGGCUGGUCAUAGCUACUGUAAGAAGGGCCUAUAAGGCUGGUCAUAGCUACUGUAAGAAGGGCCUAUAAGGCCGGUCAUAGUUAAUGUAAGAAGGGCCUAUAGGGCUGGUCAUAGCUACUUUAAGAAGGGCCUAUAGGGCUGGUCAUAGCUACUUUAAGAAGGGCCUAUAGGGCUGGUCAUAGCUACUGUAAGAAGAGCCUAUAAGGCUGGCCAUAGCUACUCUAAGAAGCGCCUAUAAGGCUGGUCAUAGCCACUGUAAGAAGGGCCUAUAGGGCUGGUCAUAGCUACUGUAAGAAGGGCCUAUAAGGCCGGUCAUAGCUACUCUAAGAAGGGCCUAUAGGGCUGGUCAUAGCUACUGUAAGAAGAGCCUAUAAGGCUGGUCAUAGCUACUCUAAGAAGGGCCUAUAAGGCUGGUCAUAGCCACUGUAAGAAGGGCCUAUAGGGCUGGUCAUAGCUACUUUAAGAAGGGCCUAUAGGGCUGGUCAUAGCUACUGUAAGAAGAGCCUAUAAGGCUGGUCAUAGCUACUCUAAGAAGGGCCUAUAAGGCUGGUCAUAGCCACUGUAAGAAGGGCCUAUAGGGCUGGUCAUAGCUACUGUAAGAAGGGCCUAUAAGGCUGGUCAUAGCUACUGCAAGAAGGGCCUAUAAGGCUGGUCAUAGCUACUGUAAGAAGGGCCUAUAGGGCUGGACAUAGUUACUGUAAGAAGGGCCUAUAGGGCUGGUCAAAAGUAGUGCACUACAUAGGGAAUAGGGUGCAGGCUCUGGUCUAAAGUAGUGCACUAAGUAAGGAAUUAGGUAUAAUUUGGGACUGAGCCCAAACCUCCUUACUUUAGCAGAAUGUUCCGAGCCGAGGGAACGGAGGAAGAGAGAGGCGGAGAGGGGUAGUUACCAGUUCCUUAUUUUAUAGACUUGCGUUAUGAUGUACUGUAUGGUAGCCGUCAGCAACACGUUGAGCUUAUUAAAUAACACAUGUAUUCCUUCAGGAAAGAACAAAAAAAUUAAAUAAAAACAAUGUCUGCAGCGUUGACAGUAAAUCGCUCCAUUUUAAAGUUGCCCUGACUGUGGGCUUCUGUUCACAUUACUAGUUAAAUAUAAGGUUAAAUAAAAAAAAUGAAAAUAAAUAAAUGACUACAUUGUUGCACGUCAGCUUACCUUACAGAACAAAACAGAGAAGUAAGUAGUACUGAUUCAAGAUAUGUGGUAUUGGUCUUAUUGUUACUCUAUACAAUGUUUAAACAAGCAGGUUAGUAUUCAAAGUCAACACAUUUUUACCAAAUUAGGGUUUCCUCAGUUCUGCAAAAAAAAAAAAAUAUAUAGGAGUGAAAAAAUGACAGUUGACAGUGUUUGGGUGUAUUACCUCUUCUGUCCCUUGUCUCUUUCCAUACCAUCUCAGCUCUGUUGGAAAGACAGAAUAGCUCCUUAUGAAUCAAGGACACUAUCUAAUCUCCUUAUUCCUCCUGAUAUGUUUUGAGACGUUAACACACACACAGGGUGUGUCCCCAAGUUAAAUAAAGUUUAAAUUAAAAAAUAAAAAUAAUAAAAAAUUGCAUUCUAUUACCUAUAUAGUGCAUUACUUUUGAUUAGGGCCCAGAGUCUCUUUCAUAGUUGCUCUGGUCAAAUGCAGUGCACUAUACAGACAAUCGUGUGCCAAUUGGGAUGCAUCCACAGCCUGGCAACGAGAGAAGGGUUGGCAUCGAUCAAAUGUUCACAUGUUCACACUGGUUUUCUAGUAAAAAAACCACACGAUGGUUCAGCUACAUCUCUGUAGCUACUCUCAGUAGACGAUCUACACUAGCUCUGACUACAUCAUUUAUGAAAAUCCUCCAAAUUUAACCUUAAUUAAUAUCUGAGUCAGAUUUUUAUUUUAUUAAGUUGAGGUUAUAUUUAUAUAUUUAACAACAUUAUCAUUGAUUUCUGCAUGUAUUUAUUUACAAAGACAAUUAUAUUUUUAAAAUAGUUAUAGUGCAACUUCUGCACACAGCACUUUUUAUUAUCAGUUCCUCUAACUUUUUGAUAACAUGACCUAUGACCCCCCCUCCUUACUCUGGAUAGUGAAUAGUGCUACCCCCCAAAUAACAACACUGAUGGAGGGCCCGUUUCCCCCAAAUAACAACACUGAUGGAGGGCCCGUUUCCCCAAAUAACAACACUGAUGGAGGGCCCGUUUCCCCCAAAUAACAACACUGAUGGAGGGCCCGUUUCCCCCAAAUAACAACACUGAUACAGGGCCAGCUUCCACCAAUAACAACACUGAUACAGGGCCCGUUUCCCCCAAUAACAACACUGAUACAGGGCCAGCUUCCCCCAAUAACAACACUGAUACAGAGCCAGCUUCCCCCAAUAACAACACUGAUACAGAGCCCGUUUCCCCCAAUAACAACACUGAUACAGGGCCCGUUUCCCCCAAUAACAACACUGAUACAGGGCCAGCUUCCCCCAAUAACAACACUGAUACAGGGCCAGCUUCCCCCAAUAACAACACUGAUACAGAGCCAGCUUCCCCCAAUAACAACACUGAUACAGAGCCAGCUUCCCCCAAUAACAACACUGAUACAGAGCCCGUUUCCCCCAAUAACAACACUGAUACAGGGCCCGUUUCCCCCAAUAACAACACUGAUACAGGGCCAGCUUCCCCCAAUAACAACACUGAUACAGGGCCCGUUUCCACCAAUAACAACACUGAUACAGGGCCAGCUUCCCCCAAUAACAACACUGAUACAGGGCCAGCUUCCCCAAAUAACAACACUGAUACAGGGCCAGCUUCCACCAAUAAUAACACUGAUACAGAGCCAGCUUCCCCCUAUAACAACACUGAUACAGGGCCGUUUCCACCAAUAACAACACUGAUACAGGGCCCGUUUCCCCCAAUAACAACACUGAUACAGGGCCAGCUUCCCCCAAUAACAACACUGAUACAGAGCCCGUUUCCCCCAAUAACAACACUGAUACAGGGCCAGCUUCCCCCAAUAACAACACUGAUACAGGGCCCGUUUCCCCCAAUAACAACACUGAUACAGGGCCCGUUUCCCCCAAUAACAACACUGAUACAGAGCCCGCUUCUACAUUACUUGAAUUUAACCAUCAUCAUCACGUAGAUAGAUUUUUUUAAGUUUUGUACCUGACCUGCGAUCUCACUUUGCUCAUGCCACAAUAUUUGAUCAGCUAGAGAGAUUGUGAAUAUAUUGGAAAUGACAAUGAAAUAAUCUAAUAAUAAAUUCUAAUUCAAACCCAAUAUGAGAAACAGACAGAACGGUCCUUUUUUGCAUUGUGAAUAGAAUAAUGUCAAUGAAAACAAGCUUAACCAUUUUUCUAGCACACUGGGGAUCAGAUUUUUAAAAAAAACGGUGUUUCUGAAGAAGGAUUUGCACAUGGAACAUGAUGUGGUGCCUCUGUUUUCAGUCAUACAGUAUAUCUGCAGUCACCAGCUGCUUUGACUCUUCAUGUCUCAUUCUGCUGUAUUGUUGUUCUCUGUACAUCUGCCCGUCAUAGCAUCAUUGCUCUGUCCAAAAUAGCACCCUAUUCCCAUAUAAAGUGCAUAAUUUUUUUUUUUACCAGAGCCCUAUAGGAGCACUAUGGGUCCUGAUAAAAACUAGUGCACUACAUAGGGAAUAGGGUGCCAUUUGGAAUUUCUCCAUCUGGCAGUUUGUCCAGCAGACUAGUAUACGUCAUGUCUGUUUGGAGAUGACUAUGAGUGUAUGAACUUGAAUUGUAUCAUUCACUUAAAUCCAGUGACAAUGAGCUGGCAUAUUCCAUUUCUAAACAUAUUAUCUUUACGGUAUAAAGAUCGUCAGAGGCCUGUACCAACGGGUCAGAGGCCUGUAGCAACGGGUCAGAGGCCUGUACCAACGGGUCAGAGGCCUGUACCAACGGGUCAGAGGCCUGUACCAACGGGUCAGAGGCCUGUACCAAUAGGUCAGAGGCCUGUACCAAUGGGUCAGAGGUCUGUACCAACGGGUCAGAGGCCUGUACCAACGGGUCAGAGGCCUGUACCAACGGGUCAGAGGCUUACCCUGUACUAAUGGGUCUUGUUCGAUUGAUUCAAUCAGGAAAAACCAAAUAGUCACUGAAAUCUCACAUACAGUCCUGUAGAAUGUAAAUUAUUAUAUCAAGCUUUUAAUAUUUGAUUUGAUUGCAGUGAGUAUGUUUCUGGUUUUGGUUGUCUCUUUCCCAGUUUACAAUAUUAGGGCAUUACACUUUAUAGGACAUUCUAGACCUUUACUCCAGAGGAGAUGUAUUCACUUGGCCUGUUCUAUGUAGACAUGUAGACAUGACAUCAUGUAGACUGCGGGUGCUUCCCAAAUGGUUCCCUAUAUAGCACACUGAUCUUGACCAGAGCCAUUUGGCACUGUCUGUUACUCCUAUUUCCCUGCCUGUCACUCCUAUUUCCCUGCCUGUCACUCCUAUUUCCCUGUCUGUCACUCCUAUUUCCCUGCCUGUCACUCCUAUUUCACUGCCUGUCACUCCUAUUUCCCUGCCUGUCACUCCUAUUUCCCUGCCUGUCACUCCUAUUUCCCUGCCUGUCACUCCUAUUUCACUGCCUGUCACUCCUAUUUCCCUGCCUGUCACUCCUAUUUCCCUGCCUGUCACUCCUAUUUCACUGUCUGUCACUCCUAUUUCACUGCCUGUCACUCCUAUUUCCCUGCCUGUCACUCCUAUUUACCUGUCUGUCCACAAACAUCUACUGUACCAUCAUCCUGACACUAUCGUAUCCUAACAUCUACUGUACCAUCACCCGAACACACUAUCGUAUCCUAACAUCUACUGUACCAUCACCCGGACACACUAUCGUAUCCUAACAUCUACUGUACCAUCAUCCUGACACUAUCGUAUCCUAACAUCUACUGUACCAUCACCCGAACACACUAUCGUAUCCUAACAUCUACUGUACCAUCAUCCUGACACUAUCGUAUCCUAACAUCUACUGUACCAUCAUCCUGACACUAUCGUAUCCUAACAUCUACUGUACCAUCAUCCUGACACUAUCGUAUCCUAACAUCUACUGUACCAUCAUCCUGACACUAUCGUAUCCUAACAUCUACUGUACCAUCACCCGAACACACUAUCGUAUCCUAACAUCUACUGUACCAUCACCCGAACACACUAUCGUAUCCUAACAUCUACUGUACCAUCAUCCUGACACUAUCGUAUCCUAACAUCUACUGUACCAUCAUCCUGACACUAUCGUAUCCUAACAUCUACUGUACCAUCACCCGAACACACUAUCGUAUCCUAACAUCUACUGUACCAUCACCCGGACACUAUCGUAUCCGAACAGCCUUCACAAAGCAGCUUCUAGAUUUAUAACCUAUUGUCUUAAUUUAUUGUGCUUUUAUAUGUAGUAACUGAUGUUUUUUUCUUUAGCUCUGUCAAACUGCACCCAUUAAAAGCAUUUUUCUAUUUUUUUUUUCUUCAAGUUAUUUUGCAUUGUAUAUAAACAAACAUGAUUGCUGUGAGCAGUGUAUUAUGCAGCUGUAACCUAUUUAAACACCAUCUUAAAUGGGUAGUAGUUAAAUCAAUGUCUCUAUUUGAGUGUUGGAGUUAAGCGUCAAAAAAGUUUGUGUACACUAAACACAGAUGUUAAAUAAAUGUGGAAAUGAUGCAACACUACCAAAAUAUA